CCGCGCAGAUCCCGCCCUCCCUGCCGGUGGCCGCCCCGCCGCCGGCACCACAGCAGCCUAGUCCCCGCCCGCGCCCAAAACUCUAGCCUAUAACCCCCGCCUCUAGGGGAUUCCAAUUCUUGGCCAUCGGAAGGAGGCAGCCAGCGGAUGGGAAGGUCGGGCGGAGGAGAAGGAUGACGGGACGCGGCUGCGAGCAUGCCACCGGCCGUGCGGAUUGGGUGGGAAGAGAAGCCGGCGGCGGUGGCGGUUUUGAUCUGACAUCUGCCACCAGCGCCGCCACAGGGGACGGAUGACAGCAUCUGAGAUGGCUGCAGGGGCGGCGCAGGUCCGGGCUCGGCCAGCCACCAUGGCGUCGGAUGCGCCGGCGGGGGCUACGGACCGCGCGGCCGGUGGCGCUGGGGAGGCGGUGGCGGCCACCAUGGCGUUGGGGAGUUAUAUCUUGUUUUUUGCAAUGCAGUUAUUUGCGUCUAUGUUAGUAAAAUUACAGUUCUUUACUGUAGAGAAAUCUGACAAUGUUGUAGUUUCGUUGGUUCAGUCUGCAGAUUUUUUUGGUCCUGAUAACAAAGAGGGGAUCGAGGCACGUAAUGAGCUUGAUGCUUUAGCAAUGGAAGACAUGAUAGACUGGAUGCACGGAGGAGGUCAGGUUGGUAUAUUUGAUGCAACAAACAGCACAAGGAAAAGAAGAUAUAUGCUAAUGAAGAUGGCUGAAGGGAACUGCAAGAUAAUAUUUCUGGAGACAAUAUGUAAUGAUCGAAACAUAAUCGAAAGGAAUGUACGCCUGAAAAUUCAGCAAAGCCCUGAUUAUGUUUCCAGCUGGAUGUGGAGGUUCUACGAAAACUACGCGGCGAGGGAGAUGGCCAUGUACGUGGAGAAGGUGGUGGAGAGCCCCGCCAACGUGGUGGAGAUGCUGGACGCGAUGGCCGGGAUGUUCUCGCUGGUGGUCGUGGGGCAGGGCGGGCGGCAGCCCAAGGAGUUGCUGGUCGGGCUGGACGAGUGGGCGGAGGCCGGGCGGGAGUUGGGCGCCAUGGCGGAGAUCCUGGUGUCCAAUACGUCCAUGGAGAUGGGCUCCAUGCUCAUCAUGCAGCAGCACAGGGUGCUUGUGCAGUGUAUAAUUUGUCACAGAGAACAUGCAGCUUGUGUAUACUUAGACGAGUCGAUUAGGACGAUGCAGGAGCAUUGAUCUCUUGGUGUGGCGGCGCGAGGCCGCGGGAGGCCAGCCCGGGUUUACCGAGGCGAACUCCCUGUCCUUGGACGAGGAGGUCGACAAGGACGCCGUGGUGGAGCUUGGCGAGGAAGAAUAAGAAGAACCGGCACAAGGA